UCUGAAUUCGAGUCCAGCCUGGUCUACAUAGUGAGUUCCAGGAUAGCCAAGGCUACACAGAAAAACCCUUGUCUCAACAAAAACAAAAAAAGGAAAGGAAAGGAAGCUGGAGGUUAGAGGUUUCUAAGGCAGCACCAGAGUGGCUUUGAGGGGGUCUUCCCUACUUAAAGCUCGAGAUUUUUGUUUUGUUUUCAGAUGAGGUCCCAGACUGGCUUUGAACUCACAGAGAUUCACCUACCUCUGCCUCCCGAGUUCUGGGAUUAGGUCCAGCUUCAACAUUAGGUUUUUAAUUGGUAUAAAAUCUCAAAUACAUAACUUUAUGCCUUCGAGGCACCACAGGACCUACGUGGACAAUAGAAGGUGCAGAAAGAGCAGAAAUUGGAGAUGGCUGCAGGGCCCUGCCCAGGUCCAACCUGGCACCGCUCCUGCGGAUCCUCUUGCACAUGCGUGGCCUCUGCUCCUCUCUCUAGAUAGGAAGUGCCACCACUCACUCCGGUUGGGUCGGUCUGGACUCCAAAACCCAUAUUCCUAGCCAAGGCCAUUUUCAAGCCAUGUUCCUUCUGUCCCUGGCUCUAAUACCAAAGCUCGAUGUUUUGCGGUUUCCCCAGGGUCUUACUCUCUUCCCUGAAUGGCCUAGUUGUUUUCUUGCCGCCCCACCUCCAGGUUGGACUUUCGAAUCUAUCCAUUUAUUCUGGGUAGUUUGAUAUUGAAAUAGCGAAGAGUUUUAUUUAUUGUGUGGUACUGGCAUAAAGUCAUUACUGAACAGGUACAGUGCUUGCCGAAGGAAUAUUAAUUAUAUUAAUAGGUCAGAAGCUGGCUGUUUCCAUGUCUGGAGGAGGCAGAUUCUGAGGGUUUGGGUUUUUCUUGAACCGGGCUUCUUUUCUAUUUGUUUGUUGUUUGGAGGUAUGGUGUCCCAUGCAGCUGAGGAUGACAUUAAACUCUCCAUCCUGCCACCUCUGCCUUGGUGAAUAGGGCUUCUUAAACUUCUUUUCUGCUUGAACCUCCUGUUUUUUGCCUGAGAAAGGUUUUUUUUUUUUUUUUUUUUUUUUUUUGGUUUUCUUAAAGACAGGAGGUCUUACUUCAUAGCUUAGACUGACCUGGAACUCACUCUGUAGACCAGGCUGGCCUUGAACUCAGAGUUCUACCUGCCUCUGCCUCCCAAGCGACUUUUUUUUUUUUUUUAGAUUUCCAGCACUGUGUUUCUAUAAGAGGAGGAAACUUUUUGUUUACAGACAAAACAUUGCAGUUCAUAGCAUAUAGUCUUGGAAUAGACUCUGAGGCAGGCUCACUGGCAUUGCAUAGACUGAUGGUGUGUAUAGUUCAAAUGUGUACACUGUAUGUUCCCAGCUACAGCUGCCAUGAGGUAUUUUGUUUUGUUUGUUUUUUGAGACAAGGUCUAUGUAGUUAGUCCUGCCUGUCCUGGAACUUGCUAUUGUAGACCAGGCUGGCCUUGAACUCACAGAAUUCCUCCUUCAGAGUGCUGGGAUUAAAGGCUCUCACCCCACAAGUUUUGAGUUGCAAAAUGGAUAAGCACUGUUAGAAACACCUUAGGUUUAUUAUGUUUGAUUUUGUUGUACUUUCAGAAACCUUUUACUAUUGCCAAAUUUUUCAUGGCCACCCUCCUUUGUUAGGUAACCCACACGAGCCUGUGACCCAGAAAGCGUGUGAGCAAGGUUUGAGAGCCACUAAAGACUAGAGGAGCAGAAAGAAAAGUCAUAGAUUAUUAACAUUUUGACAGGGAUAUACGCUGGCAUUUAGUUUGACUUGGAAGUCUGAGGGCCACCCGUGGUGGCGCACCCUGUAAUCCCAGCGCCUAAGAAGUAAGGCAGGGGAAUAGAGUUCCAGGCUAUCCUGAGCUACAUACGUAAGGACACUACCUCAAAAGCUAAAAACUAGUCAGCUGAGAGACAAGAGGCCAGCCUGGGCAAAUGAGCCAGCUAAACAAAACAACCCUAAAAACUAAAAAACGCCUGAGGGGACACGUGUUGGUCAACAGAUAAAUUGGAGCAAGUGGGGAAUCAAAACUACCAAGCAUUCAUUCACAAACGUGCUGGUGGUUCAGCCAACCUUUUUACAAACCGCGUGGGGGAAGUCCUACUACCAACCGAUUUUACAGAUUAGCAAACAGGUGGGAGGUGGUGGCGCACGCCUUUCGUCCCAGCACUCGGGAAGAGGCAGAGGCAGGCAGAUCUCUGAGUUCCAGGCCGGCCUCUUCUAGAGUGCGAGUUCCAGGACAGCCAGAGAAACCCUGUCUCGGAAAAAACAAACAACAAACAAAAAGGAAACAGGCUCAAAGCAGUCACGAAGUUUUCUGAAGUCGCACAGCUUGAAUGCGCGGGUUGGAGCGUGUCUCCAUAGAGCAUCGGCCAUCAUGGACCCUCGGGGACCAGUCUCUCAGCCUUUCCAGCAGCUUGAGAAAUCUGGUCGUAUCCGGCGUCGCAAAACUAGGAGGGAGCGAAACAAGGCCCUGGUGAGUGGCUAUCGUCCAUUGGCCCGUCAGGAUCCUCUCGUGUCCAGUCGGGAUCCAUCUGUAAUCCUCCAGGAUCCUGUGGCGUCUGCAGCCCCCAAGCUUGUUGUCAUAACUCAAGGCAGAUUGAGCCGGGAGCACCGGGGUCUCUUCAACCAUGAAGUGAAAUCCCUGGAUGUGGCCCGGCUGCUUAACAGUGGCUCCUUGGAACCAUGUACCCCCCCACUACCCACAAAGUCCUCCUGCAGCCCAAGCAGAGUCCAAGAACCAGCCUUAGAGUCAAGAGGCAAGGAGAACCAGGUACCGGGAGGUGUAGACUCAAACCCACCAAGUUCCCCAGAGCUCCCUGUGUUGGGACGACUGCUGGAGGAGCUGCAGUGCCAACUGAUUCUGCCACAAGCCUUUCCCACGAGGGACCUAGUGCAGGAGUCCAGAGAUGCCAUCCUCAGAACCUUACAGGGCUGCCAUGGCUGUGUGCCUGAUCUUGCCCUGGUGCUCCGAGGUUGCCAGUCACCCUUGUUGCUUGAGACGAAGCCUAGGGUGCCUGAGAGACGGAGGAAGACACCUUCUGGUAUGGAUGUUUCUGAGCAUGCUCCAAGGGAAGAGAGGCAAAGGACUCAACAGGGGACAAAGGGGAUUAACUUUGCCGUGCCUCAUACUUGCAGCAGCAACCCUUCACACAAGGUCAGCCUGGUGCCACCUGUAGAUCACCAGCUGCCAAUCUUGCCCUCAGUAUCUUCACCAUCUGGGGUAGCAUGUGGUCCCCCAACAGCUUUUGAUAUGCUGAAAAGCAUCUGGCUCAUAGCCACACCACCCCAGCCCCAGCCCCGGGAUGUCUGCCCACCUCAACCCCUACCUCAGCCACCAUCACCCUUGUUGCCCCGAACAUGUAGCAAUAAGGACUUGGACUGGAGCCCCGACCCUCCUGCCCCACUGCUCAGCCUCUCCUGGGUGGUGACUCAGAGAAGUCCAGAGUCUUGGUCCUUCCCCCCAAUGAAACUAUACUGAGGAGACUAUGGGUAGGGCUGGGGGCAGGCAUCCCACACUCCGAGUCACCUCAAUAAAACACCGUCUUGGUCCUCUUGA